AUGGUAUUAAUUAUUCUUCUCCAUUCCACGACAAAUCUUUCUUUGAUUUUCAAAAUAAUUUGCUCUCAUCAACCUUCAACAGCAGACCCCCAAUCCCCCAGACUCUAUACUGGUAGCUUUGGUAAUCCAUCAUCAUUAUCAUCACCAUCACCAUCAUCCGUAUAUUCUAUUCUCUAUUAUCUUUUGACAAUUAAUAAUCAUAUCCACAACUGUAAUCCUAAAACCAAUUAA